CCUUCUUUUUCUUUGUUCUUACGGAGGAAAGAGACGAAACAUUAGUUUUUUUUUUUUUAAAUUCAUUUAUUAAUCUGUAAAAUAAAAAUUCAAAAGCGGGAUCGUGAUUUGAAUUUAGGAAUUGGAUCAGCGAGUCGUUAAUUAUGGAAGGAGUAGGAGCUCGGUUAGGUAGGUCCUCGACUCGUUACGGAGGACCGGCAACGGUAUUCACGGGUCCGGUUAGGAAGUGGAAGAAGAAGUGGGUUCACGUCUCUCCCUCCUCCAAGAAACAUACCUCCUCCGUCGUUAACGGUGGGUCCGCUUCCGAUGGAUCGCACUUGUUGUUCUUCAAGUGGGCUCCAUUGUCUCAGGGCGGCAGCGGGAACGAAGAUGGCAAAAGCGAGAGUAAUUCUCCCAGCGAAGAGCCUGUGACGGCGACGGAGGCAGAAGAAGAGCCUCCGCGCCGCAGAUUCAAAUACGUGCCGAUCGCAGUGCUUGAGGAGCAGAAGAAGGAAGCUACAGAGACUGAGGAAGACGACAAGGUUGAAGAGGAUGAGGCAAGUGCAGUGGAGCCAAGCGAGAAGAAGAUUGAGGAAAAACCAGACAUGAAUGAUGUUCCCAUGGAAGAUAAUCAGGAGGAAGAUAAAAUAGUGCGACAAGAUCUCAACGAAAGCACUGCCGAUGUAGAUGCGGAUUCUGAAAACAAUCCGAAAGGGGGCGAGCCAGUAUAUGAGUCAUAAACUGGCCAUUGCAUACCCCGUAACUCAGGGUUUGGCUUAUCGUAUUCCUUAACUUUCACUGUCGUCAUGAACAAGAGACAAUACGGUGAGAAGAAAGCAUUUGUUUGAGAUGGUCUGUGUACGUCCAUGGCUUCUUCCUUUCCUUCUUUGAUGACUAGACUCAAUUUAUUCGGAACUAAACAUUCAAUUUACAGAGGAUUCUUGGUCUUUUUGUUUUGAUUUUUAAUCUGAUUAAGCAUUUUAAUUAUGAAUGACGGCACUCUUGAUAUCAUAUGAACAGAGCUUUUUCAUUCAUUGCA